UCUGAGAGCUUUAUAUAAGACAGAAAUCUGUCAGACAGACAUCUCUCAGACUCGAUCGAGGUGAAGCUGCUCUUCUGACUCCAUCUACAGUCAUCCAAGUUCAGGCACGAUGAGUGGCAUUAUUCCCAAGAGAGAAGCAAAAGGCACCGACUUCUGUGGAGCGGGUGGAAACAUUUAUAUAAUCCGCUCUGAUCUCGGCUGCUAUAUGAAGACAAGUGAUUUAAAUAAUGGUUCAGACAUCUCUAUUUUCAGUCUGCACCCUGCCUGCCAAAAUGGAGACCAUUACAUUGGUGAUUGGGCUGGCUACUUUUACAUCAUCAAGGGCAAUAAUUACCGCAGAGUCAAGAACCUGACGACAGACAGUGAUGCUGAAGUUCACAGCCUUCAUCCCAACUGUCAGGGUGGAGACCACUACCUCUCAGCCAAUGUCCAGUUCUUUCCCCUUGGCAAGUUUUACAUCAUCUUCCAAGAAAAGGGCACUUAUCGUGCAACAACAAACAUGAAUACAGACUCGGAUGCUGAAGAACACAACCUGCAUCCUGACUGCAGAAACGGUCUCUAUUACUGGAGCAUGACAAUCCCUCAAAUGAUCAUGUCAUUGCUCUCCUUCCUCAAGCCAGUCUCAGAGUGGGGAGUUGAGUUCUGCAGCAGUACCGACCUCAGCAAAGAUAAGUUCUUUGGUGUCUAUUCUGUUCAUCCUGAUGUUCUGAACUUCCUCCCUGGUGGUCUGUCAGUAACUAAAGGCCCAUCCUUUGGCACUUGGGAGAAUAUUAAAACUAUAUCUAAUGACAGCGAUACACCAGUGACAUGGACAAAGAAAAUCAAUAAAAAGGUGGGAUGGAAUAAGGAGAAGAUGACCCAGAUCACACACAACUGGAAGAUAUCCGCGUCAGUCUCGAUUGGAACUGGAGCCCUGGCAAAGUUAAUUACGAAUUUACAGUUCUCCUUUUCUGCAGAAUAUGGAGGUUCACAUGUCAGCACUGAAAAUGAAAGCUCAAAUGAAAUGACUGAAGAGGAAGAACAACUCUCAUUUGAGCUGAAGCCAAAAGAGUCUGUAUAUCUGUGGCAGUACAGAAUGGGUCUUGGUGAAGAACCGGUGUUGUUCUGCCGUGAUUUAAAGAUUACUAAUGAUCCAAACCCUCCGACUGAAGUCCCGCUGCCACCUGCACAAUCAUGAAAACAUAUCAGGAUGGGUUAACUCCAAGGAUAACCAAGCGCUUCAGUUAAAUGCUUUAAUUAUAACUUCAAGUGAUUAUUUAGAUAUCCACACAUUGUUUAAAUGAGGCUGUAUGUAAUGAUUUGGCAUUAGUGGAAUACAGCAGAAGGAUUGAGAAUCUAAACGCAGUUUAAUAACAAGUAUUACAGUUUCUAAAAACAUUCAAUGAGGUAUUGUACUUCAAAUAUAUUAAUCUAUUAGUUAGUGAAUUGGCUAUGAGCAUAGUUAAUGCACUAUGAACUAACAUGAAUGAUCAAGGUAUAAUUAUUGAUAAAAUAUAUGACUGUAAAUGUAAAAAUGCAUUACUAAAUGCUGAAAUUAUCAAUGAACAAUAAUUUUAUUAACCUUAGUUAAUGUUACAGAUGGACUCUUCUUGUAAAGUGUUACCAUUAGUAUGAAUCCUAACAGUCAUGCUUAAAUAUCUACACAUAGCAUUGACAUUAGACACAUAUGUAUAUUACUCUCACACUUUAUUUGCUUCCAUUUUAGAACACUUGAUGAUUAUUUAAAUAACAAAAUAUGUAUUACAGUGACAAUAAAAGAACUGAAAUCCGAUGCGUUUCUGG